AGGCUAGGUGCACGUUGAGGCCACGUGAAGCCGGUCACGGGGCAGACCCAGCAGGUGCCACGGGUCGACUGACUGAGACGACGACGAUGGCGAUGGCACCACCUGUGCACCACCACCACACACACACAACACACAACGACGAGAUUAUUGUUGUUGUGUUGUUGUUGUUGUUUGUGCGUGUGUGUAGUUGUGUGUGAAGAACGCAAUGACGCCGGUAGUGACGUGAUUUGGCGGCUGCAGCGGCCGCUGGGAGCGAGUGGCGCUGCUGCUGCUGCCGCUGUUGUUGACGGCCGCCGUUAGCAAGCGGCGGCUUUUGUUGCUGUUGUUUUGAUCGUCAAGAGUUGUUUGUUGCUGCUGUUGUUGUUGUUGUUGUUGUUUAUUCUUUGUCCGCGACGCCAUGGCGGCGGUGAUCCCGGGGCACGGCACCGGCGGCCGAGACGAAGCGAGGAGCGAGGCCGGGCCGCGCCUCGGGGACCCCCGGGCCAACGAGGAGGUGUGGAACCUGCAGCAGAUGAUCAAGUUGACGCAGGAACACCUGACGGCGCUACUGGAACGUUUCGGAGGCGAACACAACCCUCCCUCCAUCUACCUGGAGGCGUACGAGGAGUACACGCACAAGCUGGACGCCCUGCAGGCUCGCGAGCAGGAACUUCUGAGCGCCCUCGGCAAGGGGUCGGCGCCGGCGCCGCCCUCGCAUCCCCGGCAACCGUCGCGCAAGCCCCCCGCGGCUACGCCGGGACCCCCCGUCCACGUCGCGCCCUGCCCCUGCCCGCCGUGCCCCUCGAGCGACAAGCAGCGCUGCCGAUCGCCGGUGUUUGCCGACAGCGCUCAUUGCGGCGGCGGCGGCGGCGGUUGGGGCGCCGCCUUCUCCCCGGCUGGGUCGGCGGCCGAGGUGGCGCCGGGGGAGCAGGCAUCGGCAGAGGCGACAACGCCGCAGUCGCCGCUGAGCCGCACGGUGCGCGUGCACCUGCCCAACAAGCAGCGCACCGUGGUCACAGCAAGGGCUGGGAUGACUGUCAAGGAUUGCCUGGCCAAAGCGCUGCACAUCCGUGGCCUCUUGCCGAAGUGUUGUGCCGUCUUCCGCCUUCAAGACGGCCAAAAGUCGGCGGUGGACUGGAGCACGGACAUGGCCUGGCUGUCAGGCGAGGAGCUGUCCGUGGAGGUCCUCAAGUACCUGCCGCUCUCCACACACAACUUUGUCCGCCGGACAGACCUGAUGCUGGCGUUCUGCGACAUUUGCCGCAAGCUCCUGUUCCAGGGAUUCCGUUGCCAGGAGUGCGGCAUGCGAUUCCACCAGCGUUGCAGCACCGACGUGCCCAUGAUUUGUAUCAGCUUAGACGGAAUCAACCCGUGGUGGCAACCACCGUUGCCCGCGCGACCUUCGACCCGGACGCACCACUCGGAGGCGGACAGCUCGACCCCCCGCCGGGCGUCGGUUCACCCCCCCCGGCCGCGAUCCACGUCCGCUCCCAACGUGCACACGGGCGUCGUGGGGCCAGUGACGGCCAACCUUGUGCAGGACAUGAUGCGCGACUGCAGGCAUCAUGAAGGCACGAGUGUGGGUCUGACGGCCACCUUCCCCAUGGACCUCCCGGGGGCUCGCAACGCUUCUCCCGGGCCCUCCCGUCCAGCCUCGCUCACAGACGAUCGCAUCAUACACAUGCGUCCGCUGAAGAGGAGGGACUCGUGUGAUGACUGGGAGAUCCCGGAGGGGCAGAUCGCAUUCGGGCAGCGGAUUGGCUCAGGCUCUUUCGGAACCGUCUACAAGGGCAAGUGGCACGGAGACGUUGCUGUGAAGGUGCUGAACGUGACCGAUCCAACGCCGCAGCAGCUGCAGGCGUUCAAGAACGAGGUCGGGGUGCUGAGGAAGACUCGGCACGUGAACAUCCUGCUGUUCAUGGGCUACACGAUGCAGCCGCGCCUCGCCAUCGUCACGCAGUGGUGCGAGGGCUCCAGCCUCUACCGCCACCUGCACGUACUGGACACCAGGCUGCCCGUGCUGCAGCUCAUAGACAUCGCGCGUCAGACCGCGCAGGGCAUGGACUACCUGCACGCCAAGUCCAUCAUCCACAGAGACCUCAAGUCCAACAACAUCUUUCUCCACGAUGACCUCACGGUGAAGGUCGGAGACUUCGGUUUGGCCACGGUGAAGACUCGGUGGAGCGGCUCCCACCAACUCACACAGCCAUCCGGAUCCAUCCUGUGGAUGGCCCCGGAGGUGAUCCGCAUGGAGGACGAGAACCCGUACACGUUCGAGUCGGACGUCUACGCGUUUGGGGUCGUGCUCUUCGAGCUCAUGUCCGGCCAGCUGCCGUACUGCCACAUCAACAACCGCGACCAGAUCAUCUUCAUGGUGGGCCGAGGCUACUUGAGUCCUGACCUCACCAAAGUCCGCAGAAACUGCCCGAGGGACAUGAGGCGCCUCAUGGCCGACUGCCUCAAAGCACAGCACACCGACCGGCUGCUCUUCCCGCAGAUCCUGGCGUCGAUAGAGAAGCUGGCGCACUCGCUGCCCAAGAUCCACCGCAGCACGUCGGAGCCGUCGGUGGCGCGCGCCGGCCUGCACGCCGACGAGCUGGCGCUCUACCUGCCCUCGCCCAAGACGCCGCUCCACCCUGCCGCGUACAGCGGCUUCACCUGGCUCUCGCCCAACACCACCGUGUGGUAGGGCCGGCCUGGUACCGGGCGCCACCACCGUGGGCGCGUGGCGUGGCCGAUGCCCCGCUGUCCAGUACCGCUGCCGCCACCACCACCGCCGUUGUGUUGGCGAGCGCGGCCGAGUGCGACGAAACAUCACUGCCACUACGGCGCGGUGGAGCCAGCGUGCCGCUCGACACUCCUCAAGCCGGCCGCCCGACACCGCCACCGUCGUGUGGUAGGGCCGACCUCCCGUUUGACACCGUGCCCACCGUAUCGGUGGGGCCAGCGCGGGGGGCACGGCAGCACCCAACGCCAGGACGUGGGCGGAGAGACUUGGGGGUGGAGGGUGGGGGGGGCACGGGCCCUGACACAGCCUUGUGGGAGGGCCGGAAAAAAAACGCGUCGCUCGGUAGCAUCGUGUGGCAAGAAGGGACGGCAGCAGCCAGCGCGACCGUGUCGUUGUUGGGGCCGGGUUGGGGGCAACGCUGCACGCACCAUGGAACGUCCAGCACAACCGCGGCGGUGGCGGUGGGGGGUGGCGGCACUUGACAGUCAGCCACCGCCACGCACGCACCCACUGCACCGCCCUUCUCGUCCGCGUUUCUCCGUAGCAUUAUGAAGGCGUCUGACGGCCCGGACCGGAGUGAGGACGGGAGUGUACAAGUGUCUGCCGGAGCGUGUUAACUCCUAAGGGUGGACGGCAGGAGCCGACCGGAGCGUGGUCCGGAGUGGCAGAAGUUUGGACCGGAGUGUGAAGUGUGGACUGCAGCACUGGCCAGAAAUACGGACCCCGGAGUGUGGACCGGAGCACCCACGGUCGUGGGUUGUCAACCGCGUGGAUCAGAGAGUGCUUCCACCAAACGGCUUUGGCCCACGUGGCCAAACGCGCGCACGCGACGGUGCCACCGUCCGCACGUCCGUCUUCGCCGCUGGGUGGCUGCCGAACCAACCGCUACCGAUGGUCCGGACUUUGGGGGGGCGUGGGGGAGGGGAUAAGGGCUUAAAGUUGGUGGGAGAGUUCGAGAUUUGAAGUUUUCGUGACUGCAAGGAUCCAUACUCUUUGGUUCUUUCGGUAAAGUCACGUAGGUGGGAGAGUUCGAGCGAGGUCUCGGGGUUUCAGUGGUUGGAGGGAUGGCGUUGACGUCCGUUUGAGGAUGGUGCUGAUUGUUUCGAUUGUUGCGGUGUGAUCUACACUGCCUCCUUCUGUGGUGCGUUGACAGUGAAGGUUGUUUUGUGUCCGCGUGUUUGCACGUGUGUGUUCAUAGUAUUAUUAUUGUUGUUGUUGUUGUCGCCCGACUUGCUCCAUCGGCCAAGUGCUGCCUCAACCAACCCUCAAGGAGGAGACCUUCCCCGCCCCGCACUCCUGCUCCCCCCCCCCGCCACUAUCCCCAAGGGAAGAGAGAGGGAGACACGGGGCCAGGUGUGGGUGGAGCGAAGCGACGGCCGGAGGCGCGCGAGGGUGUAACCCAGUAAGUCGCAGCUCUCGUACCGCCGGCGUCUGCCUGGUGGCCGCGUGGCUCAGGAGGCGACCCGUUGUCGCGACCCGCGGUGGAGGCCCGAGGCGGCCGUCGCUCCCUCUCCGGCAGAGGUCGCAAACGGGUUUUGAUUCCUUACCCGUACCCGUACCCGGCCGCACAAGGGUCGCAAACAGGUACUCGUACCCGGCCGGGUAUGGGUACCCAUACGCUACCCGUACCCCACCCGAAAUGAGUGACAAGCGGUUACUCACCGGUGACUCACGGCCUACCCGUACCCGGCCGCACCAGGGUCGCAAACGGAUACCCGGCCGGGUACGGGUAGCCGGGUAUCAGGUAGGGUACGGGUAUCGGGUACCUGAUUGCGACCUCUGGGAUGAAGCCAUGUUGCAGGCGCGGGUGGGUUGAUUCUAGGAACUUGAAUUGUGAGAAGAGACAAGACGUUGGGAAAUGAGUGACAAACGGUGACUCACCAGUGACUCACGGUCUACCCGUACCCAGCCGCACCAGGGCCGCAAACGGAUACCUGUACCCGGCCAGGUACGGCUAGCCGGGUAUCGGGUAGGGUACGGGUAUCGGGUAGGGUACGGGUAUCGGGUACCCGGUUGCGAACUCUGCUCUCCGGUAUGAAGCUCGCGGGCGGAGCGGCUGGGGGGAGCGGGGUGCCCGCCGAGCGUCGAUCGACGCGAUGUCCGACGUUCCGCUCCACCUGCUGGGGGCUUCCUCGGGCGAAUUGAAUUUGAUUGAAUUCGGGUCCUAACCGCUUGUGGCACAGCCGCGAAAAACGUCCCCAGACGGAUUCGGGAAUCCAUUCGCUUUCAUGGCCCCCCCGUGUUUUUUUUAACCGUCUCGUUUCUACUGUUGUUUGCCUUUUUUAUUACCAUCAUCCUAUCCCAUUUGCACAGAUCUCCUCGCCGCUAGCCGAGAUCUAACAUUAGCCUGCAAUUUCCACGUAACUUGUAUAAAUUGUAAAUAACCUUCUUGCCGAUUUGGAUCGAUACGAGUCGAUGCGUCGUCGUGUGCCGACUACCUAAGCCCCGCGCGCGUCCCAGACUCUCUUGACGCCCGUUACAGAGGGGACUCCGAUUGGCGCGUGCAGCCGAACGCGCCGUCAUAGCGCCCCCGGUGACGUCACCGCGGCGACGUCACCGGAGCAGCGCCCGGCACGGCACGCUUUGUCGCCUGAUGACGCGCACGAGAGCCGCUCCGUUGUUCCUAUUGGGUUGCACCUCGCGGCAAACGCCGCCGCCUCCGCUCGACCUCCUGCGGCGUCACCCACGCCGCUCCGCUCGACCUCCUGCGCACGCCUGGGGUGGAGCGGGUGAGGGCGAGCGCCCCGUGUGUUCCCACCGACAGUUGCGUGCGGGGAGCGGUCGCUGGUGAGCGUGGAAUAAAAGUGGUUGCAUGGA